CCAUUCCAUCCCCUCACCACUCUCUGUGUGAAGAAGAGUCUCCUUCCCUUCGUCCUGAGUCUAUCUCCACUUGAUUUCCAGCUGUGUCCUCUGGUCCCGGUUUCUGUGCUUCUCUUAUUGUAUUGUUUCAGGUUAAUUAUGUCAAUUCCUUUUAAGAUACAUUUCAGUCAAUUCUCCCUUCAAUCUUCUUAGCUCUAUGCUAAAUAGAUUUGGUUCAACAUUAAACUUCAGUGCUAGCACCCCAAGAGUUAACAGCAAUGAAACCGGACACCAAAGCAGCUCCCCUUUUUGUCUAUAUUCAACAUUUCGUGUGCAAAGAGAAGCAGAGACUCACAGAGCACAGGACAAAACAGCAGACACCCUUCGAGAAGAAAAACUAGGAACGCGGACUCUUGCGCAGCGAUGGAUCAGCCCCAAAGCACUCAGCCCUCCUCCCCCCUCAGACCCAGUGUGAGGGAAGAAGGGCCUGCUGUCACCAUCCGCUUUGAGAAGGUCCAAAACCGAAUCCAGAAGUUCAGAGAAGGACAUCCUGGAUCUCUGGGGGUGACUCAGAUAAUGCUUUGCGUGUUUUUCUUUGCGUGUGGCACCAUUCAGUAUGGAUCCCCCUUUGCAGAGCACUGGGCUGAAGUUGCUGCUGUGUUCUUGGUGCUGAUCGCUGGGGCUUUGGCAAUAGCUUCUGAUAAAACCCUUCGUCUCCCUCUCAUCAAGGCCUGUUUUUGCAUGGAAGUCCUGGGAUCUGCUUGCACUGGUUUUAUGUUAUUUAUAUAUAGCUGGCCCACUGUGGGGUAUUACUCAAGUUAUCAUCCUUACUGUGAGUACCGCUUUUGGAAUGAGACACACAGCCAAGAAUUGAAACUGUGUCAGAAGUAUGAGCUGAUUAGUGAUUUUGUUUACAUGGAGAGUCUUUUUGCAUUAGCCGCGCAAGUUGCGGUCAGCAUAACCAUUGCUUCCUACUGCUGUAAAGCAGUCCAGUGCUGUGGUGCCCCCAGGAGCGUGCCCGUGAUUUCUGUCCAGCAACCUUCUCAGCAAGCAGAGGGCUAAGCGUCCUCCUGCAAUGCUGAACCUAAGAAGACAGUGGAAAUGGAGAGUAUAGUUCCUAUGUACUUUUUAUUAUAACCACCUAUACCAGUAUAUUCAUAUUCAAUGGAGAUAAAUAGAGCAGGAUGAUUCAUAAACAAUAUUGUCGUUGUAUUCAAACAUCCUGUAUCUAUAGUAUUUACAGAAGGAAGUUAACGAACGAGAGGAGGCCAUUCAACCCAUCAGAGCUCGUCCGGUUCAUGCUAGCUGAUUGAUCUCAGAACUUUGUCAAGUUGGGUCUUGAAGGAUCCCAGUGAUUCUGACUCAACAACACAGCUGGGUAACCCGUUCCACCCCCUCACCACUCUCUGUGUGAAGAAGAGUCUCCUUCAACAACAUGACUAGGGAACCCAUUCCAUCCCC